UUCAGUAAGGCGUUUGGCCGUAUACCACACUUCCAACUUAUAGAAAAAAAACUUGUGAGCAUACACUUAAAUGAAUAUCUAAUUUGUUGGGUUGUUUUAUUUUUGUCGGACCAAACUUUUUAAGUCAAAAUAGGAAACUCUUCAAAAAAGCUGAAUGUGGAAUUUUGUAAAGCUGUUGACAAUGUUGUUGCAUCGUCCAAAACGUCAAAAUUAGCUCAGAACAACAGCAAAACAGUAUUUAUAUCACUUAGACCUAAAACAAUCCACCUAGACUAAAAAAUAGAAGGUAGUCCUGUGAAAAAAAACGAAUUAGUGCGACAUCUAGAGUUCAGAUCGUUAAGUCACGCAACGCUGGAAAAGCUAUGUAGUUCUAGGACUAGACUACACCUAUUGUUGUAUAAAAAAUUUGUACGCCCAAUUCUAAAGUAUGGUACAGAACUCAGUAGUCCAUUAAAAAAGAAAGACAUUAAGGAAAUUGAAUUAGUGCAAAAUUCAUCCACAAGCAAUCUGUAUAGUAGACAAAAAGGCAGAUACAUUCGAACGGUUAAUCCAGACUACAAAAAUGCAGCCCAACGCAACGAUUUAUUGUCCCUUGUAUCUCAAAGAAUGGCUAUUGAUAGAAAAUUCAUUGAGCGAAUGCUGGCUCGCACAAAAACAAAAUUCAUCUGGGCAAAGUGCAAAACCAAAUUAAGAAGACACUUUUUCACAAAUAGAGAUCUAGGUAUUUGUAAAUCUUAG